CUGGUAUCCAUCUUCAUUGAACUUCAUGCAGAAUUUAAGUAAUGGAAAUGGAAGUUCAAUAUUAGCUGUCACUGAAGGCUGCCAGCUGACUUUAUGGGACCUGAGAACGAAAGAAAAUGGUGGUUGUCUACGUCGAAUUUGCGGCUCUGUUGGUGACAAUUUAUAUGCUGCCUGUGGUUCUCCAACUGGUAAUGUUGCAGUGGCAGGAGCUGACCGUACUGUGACAAUUUAUGAUCCUCGCAGAUGGUCAGCACUAUCAAGAUGGGCGCACUGUUCAAAAUAUGAGAUAACUGGACUUGCUUUUUCAUCAAUCAACUCUGAUUACAUCUAUGUGCAAGGGGUUGAUUAUGAGGUCUUUUGUGGGCAGUGGAGAGAAAGCAGUAAGGUAUUUUCAUUUAGAGGAGACUCAAACUGGCUUGGGUUUGGUAAGUGCCCUGACACGGAUGUAUUGGGUGGUUGGUCCGAUUCAGGAAGCAUCUUCGUGGUUGAUGUUGUUGCUAAAGAUAGUGAUAUAAAGUUAUAAACUCGUUGAAAGGUCUAAUUAACGGAUUUCCCUGGUGGUGGUUCAGCUAUCCUCUCAUCUUUCAAGUUACUUUUUAGUUACGCAUCAAAGAAUUUCGCUAAAUCAGAAGCCUUGACCUCAAUGUCUGCUAGCAGUCAUUUCGGGGAACCCACAUAUGCUCCAAUCAAGCAUGUCAAUUUAAUGAGAAAAAAGGCACUCCGCAAGGAAAAUGAAUGUAUUUUUAUCUUCUUGUGCACAAAAUUCCGUAUAUAUAAGGAUGAUUUCAGUUU